CACCCAAGCGCGCAAACCCUCAUCCCCCCAGUCCUGCUGCCUUCUUCGACAGCACUGCCGCAUCCGCCGCCACCGCCGGCGCUGCCGUGGCGUCGGCCUCCGUUUCCGUCUCCGGCCGCGCUCCGCCAGAUCCAAAAGGGCGACCUCGACCUCACGGCAGGGGGAUCCUGACUCCACGAGAUGGAGUCGCCCCCCGAGAAGAGGAACCCGGCGUCCAGCCUCGCAGACGAGCUCCUCGUGGAGAUCCUCCGCCGCGUCCCCGUCCGCUCCCUGUGCCGCUUCAAAUGCGUCUCCCGGUCCUGGCGCAACCUCAUCUCCGACCCCGACUACCGCAAGAAGCUGCCCCAGACCCUGGUUGGCUUCUUCUACCAGAGCCUCAGCGGCAAGCGUUACCCUUGCUCGGCUAACCACUUCACCAACGUCACCGGGAAAGGCAUUCCUUUCAUCUACCCCUCUUUCUCCUUCUUGCCCGUCCCCAGUGACGAUUUAGUCCUCUUGGAUUCCUGCAAUGGCCUCCUACUUUGCCGUUGCUUUGAGCCUGAUCCUCACAAGGGCGAUGAGAUUCCACCGUUCCAUUAUGCUGUGUGCAAUCCGGCGACCCAGAAGUGGGUGAUGUUGCCGGAUGGCAGUUGGGCUAGUGGUGAGGCUCGCACAGCCCUCUUGGGGUUUGAUCCGGCAGUCUCCUCGCACUUCUAUGUGGUUGAGUACGUGCUGGACGAGGGUGAGUGCGUCAUAGGGGUGGAGAUCUAUUCAUCCAAAACUGCAGCAUGGAGCUUCAAGGAAAGUGAAUGGGGUGAUGAUGUUAUGCUAUAUCGUAAAGCGAGAAGUGUGUUCCUUAAUGUCUUCAUGCAUAUGCUCACUUUCUCUGAUGGGAUAGUGUUGGCGGACAUGGAGGGAAAAACAUGGAGGACAAUUCCUGUGCCGACUGAUGGUUGGUCUGGUGGCUGCAUCCAUCAAGCUCAGGGUCGCCUGUGUUUUAUUAAUGUUGAUGAUGCUGAUGUCUUCAAACUGUCGAUCUGGAUCCUUGAAGACCAUGGUACUAAUGAAUGGACAUUAAAGCAUUCCGUCAGAACUCUACUGCUGUUUGGGUGGAAGAACCUUCAAUUUGAGUGGCGUUACACAGUGAUUACAGUUCAUCCAGAAUGCAAUUUGAUUUACUUUGUUUAUGGGUGGAACAGGACACUGAUGGCAUAUGAAAUGGACCGCAAGGAAGUUCGUGUCAUCCGCGAUCUUGGACAUGAUUGCUUGGAGCCCUAUCUUGCUUAUGUUCCCUUGUUCUCAGAGGCAUUAGCAGAUGAGCAGUGAAACUGUCACAUUCACUGCAGCUAUGUUUUUGUUACUGCCAUGACAAUUUCAUAUUGAUGCAGAUUAAAUGUGACAUUCCUCGUAGCAGUCUGAUUGUUCUAGGAAUCAGUAAGUCGAAUAGUCUGGCAGAAAUGUUAAGUUCUGUUUUCUUGUUGUAUGCAUGGGAGCAUGCCUCUUUUGUGCUCUUUUGAUUUGGAUCAAUGUUGUUUAACUGUUGAGAUCUCGUUAAUUGCCUCUAGGAAGGCUAACUGUGCUCUUUCUAUUA